GAAUUAUUAGACCUCUGACACACAGACAAAUUACUUUACAGUUGUAUUCCAGAUUAAGCACAUGCAGAGUGUUCAAUGUAACUGCAGAUGUAAACUGUUGGUGGUCGGUGGCGGCACUGGUGGAUGUAGUGUUGCUUGGCGAUUUUCUAAGAAAUUAAACGACAAAGACAUCAUCGUGUUAGAACCGAAUAAGAACCACUUCUACCAACCGCUAUUUUCGCUUGUGGGAGCUGGUAUUAAAAAUUUCGCUGACUGUCAUAAGCACUUGAGGUCAGUGUUGCCUCAUAAUGUGUUAUGGCUCCGAGAUCAUGCAAGCUGUUUUGAUCCUUGCAACAAUGUAGUACAUACUGGCUGUGGAUUCAAAGUGCGAUAUGAUCAUAUGGUGCUAGCGGUCGGCUUGUUAAAUGAUUACGAUCAGAUUCUAGGCUUGAGAUACGCCCUCAGCAACCCUCUUGCUCCAGUCUCUACGAUCUACUCGCCUGAAUACUGCCAAAAAUGCUGGUGUUGUAUACAGGGGUUCAAAGGAGGACACGCUAUAUUUACAUUUCCUAAGCGAGCGGGAAAAUGCUCUGGGGCAGCGCAGAAAAUCAUGUAUCUUGCACAUGAUUUUUGGAAAAAGAAUAAUAUUAAUUCGGUAACAAAUAUAACGUACAAUACUGCCGGAGGCUCUCUUUUCGGAGUACCAAAAUACGCAGCUGCAUUAGUGAAGAUCACGAACGACAGGAACAUAAUUGUGAACUAUCAACUUGAUCUGAUAGAGGUGACGCAACACAGGGCUGUAUUUCUUGAUGUCAAUGGUCAGACGAUAAUACUACCUUACAAGUUCCUACACGUGACGCCGGCCAUGUCUCCCCCGCGCUGCCUGAGCGAGUGCUCACAGCUGACGGACGACAGCGGCUACCUGGACCUUGACCACCAUACUCUGCAGCACAGGCGGUACUCUAACAUAUACGGGUUGGGAGACUGCACGAAUACCCCUAACAGCAAGACUGCGGCUGCUGUUGGUACAAAAACUUAUGAUUUUAAUAAGCAUUACAAUUUGAAACAUUUGAUUGAAAUUGAUGUUUUUGUUAUUUUUUUAUGA